CAGCGUACUUGUACAUGUACAUCCCCCCAUCCGCCACAUCAUCACAUCAUCCGGUCAUUCGGAAUCAAGAAGUGCCCUUUCCUGCUUAGCUCCCUUAUAAGUUACUCCACGAAGCAGCAAGAGACGAAGGGAUCGCCGCUGCUCUAAAAGAUUUCGGUGUCAAAAAGCUCACAACUUUUCUCAUCUCUCUCAUCUCUCCCAUCGUGAGCACCGCAACAGUCAAGUCAAGCAAAGCAAGCAUCAAAGGCAGCAAGAACAAUGGACACCAUGAACAAAACCAUCAAGAGUCUGUUCCAUCGCAAAAAGUCCAAGAGUUUCGUGAUGGACGAAUCAGUCAAGUGUGACAACGACAGCUGUGAUACAGCAACAACACUGGCAGAGGAACCCAUUCCUCUGACCGAGAGCUGGAAGAUCGAUGCUGUCAAGGCAUUUGUGGAGAAAUGGAACCAACAUGACAUGGAGGGAGCACGAUCCAUGGUGACACAAGACAUGGUAACUGUCUUUGCAAGUGCGGACAACAUGGAGCUGGAAUACCAAGACUACGCUGCGGAGGUAAACAAACUGUUUGAGGCCUUCCCAGACUUUAGCUUCAAGCAUGAACUCGUUGAAGAGCACUUUGAUGGCAAAAUUGUCUUGCACAAGAUGAUUACCAGUGGGCACCACACUGCAAAGCCAUAUGCAUUUGGACCGUGUCCUCCCAUUGAAGCUACUGGAAAAUAUGUUGAAAACUCGGAAACGAUCCACUUCUACUUCAGGGGUACGAAGAUCAUUAAGCAAGUGGUUCAUGCUGAUGGUGAAAUGACAGGGCCACCUGGCAUCUACACCCAGCUUGGAGGCUUUCCGGCCUUGUAGUUGAGAGCGCUGUGCCCCUCUUGUGAUUCUGCUCAAUCUAGCUAGCUAGCAACUGUAACUGGCCCUUUUAGUAAACGUUUAACUUCAUAAUGUUAUC